AAAGGAAAAAAUAAGAAAAAAAGAAAGAAACUUUGAAGACUUGCAGCUAAAAAACCAGUCCCAUUACAUCACUCACUGUUCUUCUUCCCCCCAUAACUAUAAUCAUGGCAAUUUAAGACAAGUAAGCAAAAGUUCCUUAACCCCCUUCCUUCCCUCAUCUCUCUCUCUCUCUCCCUCUAAAAAUAACUCCUUUUGAACCGGUCCAUUUAUAUCAUCCAUCUCUCUUUUCAAUCUCAGCUCUUUAUUAUCACCCCACUUUUCCUCCCCCACUCUCUCUCUCUCUCUCUCUAGGGUUUUGAUUUUGAUUCUUGUACACAGACCCAGAACCCAAAUCAUCAAUCUUUCAAUCAAUUAAUCUCUGAUAAGUGUCAUGACUUCAACAUCUGUGAAACCCAACUUGUUGCCUCCGGGCUUGGUCUCCAAUCUACAAGAUGUGUUGAGCAAAAGGGCUGGUGGUGAAGGAGACAAAACUGCUGAAUCUACUGACCCUCCUUCUACUUCUGAAGCUGCUGAUACUGUGGAGGACCCUAAUGACAGUUCCAAGCCCAUUGUUUUGGUCACCAAUGGUGAUGGGAUUGAGUCCCCUGGCCUUACUUACCUCGUUGAAGCUCUGGUCCACCAAGGCCUUUACAAUGUCCAUGUCUGCGCUCCUCAAUCGGACAAAUCACUGUCAGGUCAUUCUGUGACCCUCCGGGAAACGGUUUCUGUGAGUUCUGCUGAGAUAAAGGGUGCCACAGCUUAUGAAGUUUCAGGGACUCCCGUGGAUUGUGUUUCAUUAGCAUUAUCUGGGGCUCUGUUUUCUUGGUCAAAGCCUUUGCUGGUAAUCAGUGGAAUCAACCGGGGAUCAAGCUGCGGUCAUCAUAUGUUGUACUCGGGUGUUGUUGCUGGAGCCAGGGAAGCAUUAAUAAGUGGAAUACCAUCUUUGUCAAUAUCACUAAAUUGGAGGAAGGAUGAAAGUCAAGAAAAUGAUUUCAAAGAUGCAGUUGCUGUCUGUUUACCUUUGAUAAAUGCAGCUAUCAGGGAUAUUGAAAAGGGAAUUUUCCCCAAAAGUUGCUUCCUCGAUAUAGAGAUUCCAUCAUCUCCUUUGUCAAACAAGGGUUUUAAGUUGACCAAGCAAAGCAUGUGGAGAUCAACUCCUAGCUGGCAAGCCAUUUCAGCUACUCGGUAUCCUGCUGGACAUUUCAUGAACAGUCAACAAAGCCUUGGAAUUCAGCUUGCUCAGCUUGGUCGGGAUGCUUCUGCUGCCGGUGCAGCUCGUCGCGUGACGACACAGAGGAAGAAUGUGGAGAUUGAAUCAACUGGAGCUGUGGGAAAAUCUGACUUUGAACGGGUGAAAAAAUACUUCCGACUAGAGUUUGUGGAUAAGGAGAAGGAAGAUACGGAUGAGGAUCUGGAUUUCAGAGCACUUGAAAGUGGAUUUGUCUCGGUAACGCCUCUCUCUCUUUCACCACAUCUUGAGUCAGAAACUCAAACAGCUGCCUCCAAUUGGAUCUCUUCAGCACUUGAAGAGCAAUAAGCCUUUCUCAGCUCCAACAUGAUUUUGUGUACAUCUGGAGUUCCAAUACCUCUUUUUUUUUUUUUGGGUCUGCAGUUCUGAUAUUUAUUCACCUAUUUAACAGUUGAUCAUGAUUUCUAGUGUCCUUUUCUAUAAUUUAAUUUAUGUAGCCUCCACGUUGAUAGUUUUGGUUUAUUUUGUCAUGGAGCAAAUGCUUCUUGUAAUCCUAUGGCAUGUUUUUGAAAUGCCAGUUUGUCUUCAUUUUCUUCUUCUAUGCACCAGCAUUAACACUGCAGGUUGUAUUGUAAUUGGAUGUGGUUAUACUCUUUACUUUGUUAUAGGAUGACUACUUGUUGGGUUGUGUUUGGUAGAAA